UCAAAAGCAUUGCAAACAUUGAAUGCAAACAAACCUCGCAUUCACUGCACUGUCACCCCAUCUGUCGGUCCGUAUGUUUGACACCAAUUAAACACAUGAUUUGAUUGACACAUGAUUUUGUGCCACAUAUGCAACCAUUUCAUCAACACUUCCACCGCUUCCCAUAAGCCAUCGAUUAGUGUAAUCGUUGUCCAUCUGACAGUAUUAUCAGUUUAUUAUCACUAUCUGUGAGACCAUUGAGACGAUGGAUGAGUUGAGGCAACGGAUCGUUGAGUUGGAGAAGGAGUUGGAGACCGAAAGACAAGCGAAUCGAUGCCAUAAUGAGACCAAAUCGAGACAAAAGAUCGCUGCCAUGAGUGCAGAAGUGGUCGAUUCCAACCCAUACAGUCGUCUGAUGGCACUCAAGAGGAUGGGAAUCGUUGACAACUAUGAGAGAAUCCGCGACUAUUCGGUGGCGAUCGUGGGGGUCGGGGGCGUGGGUUCGGUGACCGCCGAGAUGCUGACCCGCUGUGGGAUCGGAAAGCUGUUGCUGUUUGACUACGACCGGGUCGAGUUGGCCAACAUGAAC